AUGCAUUGGCAGCAAGGCUCAAGACCAGUCAUCCACUCGUGGAGCUCAGCCGCCUCUCCCGUUCCUCCCCGCAGGAAGACGAUGCUGAACGACCUGCUGCGCUUCGACGUGAAGGAUUGCUCGUGGUGCAGGGCUUUCACCACGGGGACCCCGCCAGCACCACGAUACCACCACUCAGCUGUGGUCUAUGGGAGCAGCAUGUUUGUGUUUGGUGGCUAUACUGGAGACAUUUAUUCCAAUUCCAACCUGAAGAAUAAAAAUGAUCUCUUUGAAUAUAAGUUUGCAACUGGACAGUGGACAGAGUGGAAGACUGAAGGAAGAUUGCCAGUUGCUAGGUCAGCUCAUGGCGCAACAGUGUAUAGUGACAAGCUGUGGAUCUUUGCAGGAUAUGAUGGCAAUGCACGGUUAAAUGAUAUGUGGACAAUUGGCCUACAGGAUAGAGAGCUAACAUGCUGGGAAGAGAUUGAACAAAGUGGUGAAAUUCCUCCUUCAUGCUGUAAUUUUCCCGUGGCUGUUUGCAAAGACAAGAUGUUUGUUUUCUCUGGCCAGAGUGGAGCAAAAAUUACCAAUAAUCUCUUUCAGUUUGAAUUCAAGGAAAAGAUUUGGACACGAAUUCCUACCGAGCACUUACUUCGAGGCUCCCCUCCUCCUCCACAGCGAAGAUACGGCCACACAAUGGUUGCAUUCGACCGGCAUCUCUACGUGUUUGGUGGUGCUGCAGAUAACACGCUGCCCAAUGAGCUUCACUGCUAUGACGUGGACUCUCAGACCUGGGAAGUUAUCCAGCCCAGCCCAGACAGUGAGUUACCCAGUGGGAGACUCUUCCAUGCUGCAGCUGUUAUCUCAGAUGCUAUGUACAUCUUUGGUGGUACAGUGGACAAUAACAUUAGAAGUGGAGAAAUGUACAGGUUCCAGUUUUCUUGUUACCCUAAAUGCACCCUACAUGAAGAUUAUGGAAGGCUAUGGGAAAACAGGCAGUUCAGUGACUUGGAGUUUGUUUUGGGAGAGAAGGAAGAACGAGUCCGAGGGCAUACUGCAAUUGUUACAGCUCGCUGCAAGUGGCUGAAAAAGAAAAUCAUACAGGCAAGGGAGAGGUUGAAACAGAAAUCAAAGCAAGAUAUUGAAGACGAGGGACAUGCGACAUGUCAGAAGGAUGGGAUUGGUGGGAAUGUCAAGUUGUGCCGCCUGCAGCCACUACUGCAAGUGCCCAUCCGAGAGGCUGAGGCGCAACCCUUCGAGGUGCUCAUGCAGUUUCUGUAUACAGAUAAAAUAAAAUACCCUCGCAAAGGUCAUGUGCAGGAUGUGUUACUUAUUAUGGAUGUAUACAAACUAGCCUUAAACUUCAAGCUCUCUCGACUCGAACAGCUCUGCCUUCAAUAUAUUGAAGCAUCUGUAGAUCUGCAGAAUGUGCUUAUUGUGUGUGAAAAUGCUAACAAGCUUCAGCUGGAUCAGCUAAAGGAACAUUGCCUGAACUUUGUGGUGAAGGAAUCACAUUUUAAUCAGGUAAUAAUGAUGAAGGAAUUUGAGCAUCUUUCUUCAUCCCUCAUAGUGGAGAUUGUACGGAGAAAACAGCAACCUCCUGUUCGAACACAUUCCGAUCAGCCACUUGACAUUGGAACAUCUUUAAUUCAGGACAUGAAGGCUUACCUAGAAGGAGCCGGGACUGAAUUCUGUGAUAUCAUCCUUCUCUUAGAUGGCCACCCACGGCCAGCCCAUAAAGCAAUCCUAGCAGCCCGCUCCAGUUACUUUGAAGCCAUGUUCCGUUCCUUUAUGCCGGAAGAUGGGCAAGUGAAUAUUUCUAUAGGUGAAAUGGUUCCCAGCAAGCAAGCAUUUGAAUCUAUGCUUAGAUACAUUUAUUAUGGAGAAGUAAACAUGCCUCCUGAAGACUCCCUCUAUCUCUUUGCUGCACCUUACUAUUACGGCUUCUCCAACAACAGACUACAAGCCUAUUGUAAGCAGAAUUUAGAAAUGAAUGUCACAGUGGAGAAUGUACUCCAGAUUUUAGAGGCAGCUGACAAGACCCAAGCCCUGGACAUGAAGAGGCACUGCCUGCACAUCAUUGUUCACCAGUUCACCAAGGUCUCCAAGUUGCCAAAUCUCCGCUCCCUAAGUCAGCUACUCCUUCUUGACAUCAUAGAGUCAUUAGCUAACCACAUAUCAGACAAGCAGUGCGCAGAGCUGGGCUCAGACAUAUGACAUGCUUUGGUAAUCGAACUUCUCAUUUGUUCCUCAAAAAAACUAGAAUUUUACAGCUGCCUCUCUUUUUUACCAUUCUACACUGAGCUGUUCAGAGUAUCUACGCAAUGUAACAGGCGGCCCAGAGAAGCAUGGACAGCUGACUUGCUCUCCCGUGGAUUUGCUCGGUUUGUACCUUUGUGGAGAAGGGUUUGGUCUCUGUUACGCAACUGUAAAAUUGAAACCAUUACAGGAAAGAAUUUAUUCCACAUGGUUUGGGGAGUAACUAAGUUCAGAAUCAAGCCCGUUAUUACUUUUAUACUGUAAAAGAAAGCAGUCAUGAGUAAGAGAAUCAUUAAUACUUUGAAACACAAUAAAGAAUACUAUUUAAAGAACUUGAGCUGACACAGCCAGGGGCUGUAAGGAGAAGUCAGAUAAAACAAAACUGGAAACAGAGAGCAUGGUGUUUGCAGUGAGGCUGACCGUUGGACCAGAAUGUAGUGACUUUUCAGAGACUCCAUGGCAUGGAUUAAAAGAUAAGCCCUCUUGCAACUGCCUGGAUUGGUGGGCUGUGGGAAGUCCAGACCUGUGCUCUGCAGCAGGUCAGACUAGAAGAUUACAGGGUCCUUUCUGACCAUCAAAUCCAUUAAUCCUGUCUUGCUAAGCUUUUCUAAAUCAA